AUGUAACACAAUCAGGAAGUGAACUUUUUUUCUUUCAAAGGGACUCAGCUGAUUUGUGCCAAAUGUGUUUGUCCUUCAGAUUAUACUUAACAGAGAUGUGUGUGUCUAAACAGCACCACACCUUCAGAUGAGGAUCGUGAUCUUCAUCUCUUGGCUGCUGUUUUACGUGUCUUUUCUCCUGGUGAUGCGAAAGAUGUGGACUGGGAAGUAUGUUCGCAGUCCACUGGCUCGAUCUCUGUUCAUGAACAUGGAGACUGAGACUGAGACUGAAACACCUGGAUAUGAAGCCCAGCAGUGGUACCGGUGCAAUCCAGACCUGCUGGGAGAAAGCGUUCGCUCUGUGUUUGUUCAGAGUCGUCUGGAUGAGGAGACGCUGGCGUUCCUCCAGAAGAGCGAGGAGAAAUCCAGCUGGCUUUUCACACAGCUUUACCACUCGCUCUUCUCCACCAUCUUCAGCCCCAUCGUUUCUCGCACCUCAAUCAACGGGUUUCUGGGCCGCGGCUCCAUGUUUGUGUUUUCCAAGGAUCAGUUCCAGCGCCUCCUCCAGAUCGAGCCCGAAUGGAAAGGACGUCGGAUGCUGGAUCUGGGCGCCGGAGAUGGAGGCGUCACAGAAGUGAUGGGAUGUCACUUUAACGAGGUGUUCACCACUGAGGUCUCGACGCCCAUGAAGUGGCACCUACAAAGAAAGAGUUACAGCUUGUUGGGAGUCGAUGAAUGGCACAGAACGGGUUUCCAGUUCGACCUGAUCAGCUGCCUGAACCUGCUGGAUCGCUGCGACGAGCCUCUUCAACUCCUGAGGGACAUCAAGAAGUCCCUGGUGCCGGGAACGGGGCGGCUCAUCUUGGCAGCCGUUGUGCCCUUCCAGCCUUAUGUGGAGACGGGCGGGAGCUGGGUGCGACCCAAGGAACACAUCAAGCUGGAGGGCAAGUCGUGGGAAGAUCAGGUGACACAGCUCCACUCGGAUGUGUUCCUGAAGAUGGGCUUCGAGCUGGAGGCCGUCACACGCCUGCCAUACCUGUGCGAGGGAGACAUGUACAGGGAUUACUACAUGCUGGACGACGCCGUGUUCGUGCUGAAACCUCAGGAGGAGUGAAGACUCGACAGCAAACCUCAGUUCUGGGCCCAAGUUAAAACCAAAGGGCUUACACACGAAAAAAAAAAAUGCAGGGUUGUUUCAACCCAAAUUUGGG